GUCAACAUGGGCGCACCAGUCCACGCGGCUAGGUCAGGCAUCUUGCUGGACCCUGCUCCUGUGGAGGCAGGGGGCCAGCGAGAAAUGGGGGCUCACGCAAGAGUUCGGCGUGUGCGAGCGCGUGCUGCGGACCGAGGCUCGCGGCAAGCGCGUCGGUGCCCAGUGUCUGCGCGACGAGCGCCACGAUGACAACGGCGCGAUGUUCGCGCGCGCCCGCCUCGUGGCCUUGCAGGUGGAAGGGGGGGCUAGGAGCGACUGCUUCGCCGGAACGCCCAGCCUGCCCUGCGCGAGGCUGGUCGUCAGCUUUGCGGCCACGCUGGCCGGGGGAGCUCGGAGGAGGCUGGUCGCGCUGUGCGACGUGUCAGUCGUUGCCCACCACGCGCUGCUCGAGGAGGACACGUGGGUGGACCCACCCGAGUCGGAGGGAGAGGAUCCUCAGUAUGCGCGGCAGCUGCAGAAGGCGAUCUAUGGCACGAGACGAGCAGCGCUGAAGUUCCAGUAUCAUGUCAUUGACGCGCUCGCGAGCUGUUGGAGGGGCCGAUCACGGUGGGCUGACGACGGGUUCCACUGGCUCUCCGACACGGUGCACAUCGAGAAGGUCAUCGCGUACAACAACAGGGCCGAGAGGGGCGCCCCCAGCCGACUCUUCAGCCCGGGGAGCACGCGCGUGGGCAGGAGUCGGAAGGAUGUGGCGGACCUCCUCGGCGACCAAGAGCGGAGCGAGCACCGGAGUCUCGCCCCGCUGGCGCACUGCGCGGCAGCUGCUCGCCCAGACAUCCAGUGCACGAUGGGGGUGCUGAUGAGGGCGCUGGAGGAGCCGGCGCGCAAGGAGCUGCAGUGGGGCUUCGUUCACCAGGAGACCCCGCGGGAGCUGCGCGUCGAGGUGGAAUCCGAUUGGGCGCAGCGCCCAAGGACCCGGAGGUCCACUGGAGGUGGGCUAGUGUUCUGGGGCAAGCACUUGUUGGACAGCUUUUGCGGGCAGCAUCAGAAUAUGGCCCGCUCGUCGGGCGAGGCUGAGCUGCGCGAGCUGGUGAACGGGGCUGCACGAGGGCUGUUCCUCAAGCGUGUGCCGUGGGAGACGGGGGUGCAGAACCUCGCGGUGAAGGCCGGGAGUGACUCGGCAGCGGCGUUGGCAUCACCCACCGCCAUGGCGCUGGCCGAGCAAUGGGCCCCGGUGGUCAGUGCUCUACCGCUGAGCGUGCCUUCGGCAAGGCACGGCGCGAGCGCGCUGGCGGCAGCGACGGCGCUGAUGCUCCUGUCCGAGACGGCCGAGGCGGCGGUCGUGAAGGAGGCUGUGGGAAGGGGGGUCGAUCCUGUCUUGAUGGCGUUCUUGCUCGUCGCCCUCUGCUGGCUCAUCAUGAAGCUUUGGGGCAAGAAGGUGAUUGAGAAGAAGGACCAGAGUUCCCAGACGGACAAGGUGGUCGACGACAGUACAGUGCCAGGUCCGAGCAGCAUCGGGUCGGCAACCAGCACCGCGAAGCGCAGGGAAGGCGUCUACGUGGCGCUGAGGUUCGGCGAGAAGUUCGGCUCCACUCGCGCAUGCGGCGUCUUGUCGACCGCGAGGGAGGUGGAGCAGCUCGAGUGCUGCAAG